GCUUCAGUCAGUUCGUAAACUCGAAGCCGUGCGGAGAUGCUUUAGAGAGCGCUGCGUCCAGCCUAAAUAAAAAACGUUCAAACUGGCAACAAAAAAAAAAAAACAAACCAAAGAAAAUUAAUACAAAAUUAUGAUAAAUGUACUAUAAAAGUUGCAAUUAUAUUUAACACAUAAUAUUGUGAAAGUGACACUUUAAUUAAAUGCAAAUAUAAACUGAAAAAAACAUUUAGCUAUAAUGAAGUUAAAUAGAGGCUAAGCAAAUAUGCAGGACAAACUGACUAAUUGAGCGCGGCACUUCCGUUUCCGUCGAGCUUCCUAAAAGCUGUGGCCAAGCAUAAAGCAUAAAAUAACAACAAGAACAACAAUCGACUGCCGCCCGCAACGCCAUAUCAAUUAAUUUUAUUCAAACAAUUUUCCGAGCAAAUACAAAAAAUGGAUUACGCCUGGCUGCUGUUUCUCUUCAGCUGCACUUUAAUUGACAUGCAGAAGAUUUCAGCGCUUUUCGUUACGGAUAUCAGCGUGCCGGAGAUAGUGGACUUUCGGGACAAUGUGACGCUGUCCUGCAGCUACGAUAUGAGCGGCCACACCUUGAACUCGGUGAAGUGGUACAAGGACCGCCUUGAGUUCUUCAGAUAUACGCCGCUGAUGCGUCCGGUUUACUUAACAUUUCCCGUGGCCGGCAUUCAAGUGCUCGAUGGCAAGUACUUUUGCAACGAGUCCACGUGCCGCGUGGAUCUUAGCCUGCUGGGCGCCAAGUCUACGGGCAGCUUCAAGUGCGAGGUGAGCGGAGAUGCGCCGCACUUUAAGCUGGCCGCCAAGGAGGACAACAUGACAGUCGCAGCCUUGCCGCAAAGUGACCCCCUCAUCGAGGGCUUCAACUCAAUGUAUCGCAUGGAGGAGUUUCUCAGUGCCACCUGCUCCUCGGACUACUCCAGUGUGCCCACAAAGCUCACUUGGUAUAUCAAUGGAGAGCAGCCAAUGCUGGGGGAGUUGCAGCCAAGCAUCGAUACGAGCAUACCCGCCCACGACUAUAUACUGCGCCGACAGCGACUCCAGGUGCACUUUUAUCUGCAGGGACACCGCUUCUAUCUGGUCAGCAAGAUACUCGAGCUUAAGUGCGUUGCGGAAAUCGAAAACUAUCCGGAGCUGCGCCGCGAGACCACGCUCAGUGCAUCCGUCACGGAAUUUGAUAAUUUGAACAAUCAAAUGCUGAGGCACGCAAUCACAAAUUCAUCCGCUGCAGACACCAGGAGCUGCCUCUGGCAAAGGACUUUCUUAGUUUCGAGUCUUUGUGCGUUAAUUCUGGCCACAAAAUAUUCACAACGCGAUUCAUGAGCAUUCACAUCGGUUACGAAAUUGCUUCAGUCUUGGUCUCAGGCGACGGAAACUUUGGCAACUAUAUCAACAAAUUAGUUAGGUAGUUAGUAGAGAUGUCUAAUAAGGAUGACCAGCCGAAAUGGACUCAAGGUAAUGGGCAAAUCAUAUGGCAAGAGCAGGCUAUGUGGGCAAACUUCUGUUUGUUUGUGUCACUUGUACAUAAUAAGGGCGGGUCAGUUGUAGGAGGCGUGCAAAGUCAGCAUACUAAACACCCUAUAUAUAUAUUAAAAACAAAUAUAUUAAGUGUGUUUUAGAGACAAAAGCAGAACAGGAAAUGAAGUCAUUUAAUGCAUUAAGGUUGAAGCGCAACUCAAAUGAAUUCAAUUCAAUUUAUAAAAUUGUUUAAAAAAUCUAAUUUCAUUUAAACAUUAAUUAUAUAUUUUCUAUUUGAAUAAUAGCUAUAUUUUACUUAAGGCUUCCAUUACAAAUAAUCCAUAUCCCCAAAUAUAUAUUACUGCCUAACAUAAGUUUAUAUAAAAUGCAAGCGCUAUGUUCUAUUUUUAAUGGGUUAUUGUUGUUGUUAUUUAAGCAAAAUGUUGUUUUUUCUUAAUCCUGGCACUUAUGCAUAUUGGCGAUUUGGGAUCCCCUCGCCGUAAAGCCAAAUGAAUUCAAUGUCUGUAUUCGAAAUCAAUUACAAAUUACAAAUAAACCUACAACAUAAUAAUAUAUAAAAUAAAAAAACUGCACUCAACGGAAACAACUGAAUUACUAAGGUGUUCAAUUUGCUUGAUAAGGUCACAAAGUUGAGCAAACACGAAUUUUUAAUGUACAUGUAAACAUUUUUCAAAUCUAAUUAUAAUCAACAUACACCAACACACAUUUUUAUGCACAUAAAACACUUUUCGCAAAAAAAGGUCAAAUGCAAAUUUAAAAAAAUAUUUAUAAUAAAGAAUUAAGAGAAUGCAAAACCCCGAAUAAAAAUUUUCUGUGGAUUAUGCAAAUGUUGUAAAAAUUAUUAUGAACAUAGCGAUAUGUAUAGGCUAGUUAACAUAAAGCUGUAAAUACAAUUUUAAAACGUUAAAAAAAAAAAAAAAAACAAAAACAAAAAACCAAGGCGAACGGACAUAAAAUAAUAAUCAUGCUGCCAUAGCCCAUAAAAAAUAGAGACGAUAAAAGGACUUAAAGUUUGUGCAUGGAAUGUACACACUUUAAUAAUGCUCGAAUCAAAGUAUAUACAUGCAAAAACUCACACAGAAAUAAGCGAAACUAACUUCAAAAAAAAUGUUCAUAUUAAUAAGCUACUAGAAAUAGAACUAUAAGCCAACCAGCAUUAAUGUACAAGAAUAGUUCACGUGAAACCAAAAAAAAAACUUGUACUAACUGCCAAACUAAAGCGAAAAAAGUGAACAGCAUCGAAAUUAUUUCAGAUCAGAUCAAAUAGGUUUAACAAAGCAUUUACCCGAUGGAAGCUAAAAAAAAAACUAAAUUUAAUUUAAUUAAAUUAAAGACAUAAAGAAAUGCUUAAAUAAAAAAGAACAUUGUAACUAGAUAUAUUAAAUUGGAGAGUCAAACAAAAUACAAAGUCGGGCACUUGUUAAUCACUUUUUGUUAUCCAGCAAGCAA